GACUGGGAGCUUGUGAGUGAAUUUGGAGAUACCGAUGGAGCACAUGGUGGGAGAUGGGAAUGUCCUUCACUUUUACCUUUUAAUGUCACGAUCAAUGGAAAACAAGUUGAAAAAUAUGUUUUGAUAAUUACUCUGACCGACUUUCAACUUCCUGCGCACCAGUACUUCAUAGGCUCCUACGAUGGUAAAAAAUUUACAAAUGAAAACUCAAAAGACACAAUAUUACGGCUGGAUCAUGGACCAGAUACUAUGGCUGGCAUUACAUACAAUAACUUGCCAGACGGUCGACAUGUUCUUAUUAAUUGGAUGGGACGAUGGGAAUAUGCUGGAAAUACGAAUUUCAGCGCUUGGAAUGGACAAAUAGGCAUUCCUAGAGAAUUAAAGUUGGUAACAGUGAAUGAUCAAAUUCGGCUUACAUCAUUGCCAAUUCAUGAAAUGGAAUCAUUGAGAAUCAAUCCAGUUCACAAGCAAAACAUUAGUAUCACGAAUGAGUUCACAUAUAAAAUCGCCGACAGUGAAAAGAAGAAACAUUUGGCUGAUAUUGAAAUGACGUUGGAUCUGAAGGGACUUAAAAGCGGCGAAGCAUUCGAUAUUGUGUUUUCGGGAAAAGAUGAUGAAUUGAAAAUUUCGUUUGAAGACAAUGAAUUUAUUUUGGACCGAUCACGUGCAGGAAGAAUGGUUCCGAUUUUCGAUAAUUCAACAUUGGUAAACGGCAAUUUUGAUAAUCCAUUCGACGGGCCGUCAAUUCCAAAAAUAAAUUUCUAUGAUCUUAUCAAAGCCCCAAGAGUAAGCAAUAGUUCCAAUUUGAAAUUGAGAAUAAUUAUCGACACCAAUGGAAUCGAAAUGUAUGCCGAUGAGGGACUAACAAGUAUGAGCGCCCUUUUCUUUUCCGAAGACGGCAUUGCAUCAAAAAUGAACAUUCAAAUUCAUUCGGCUACGAAUUCGUCUAUGAUUCAAUUGAAAGAACUAAACGUGUAUGAAAUGAAAAGCAUUUGGAACAAUGACAACUAAAAAUCGUGGACGCAAACGCAAAUAUUAAUUCCUAUUUCUUUAAGUUAAAAUGUAUUUCUCAUAUUAAAAUAAAUAAUAAAUAAAAUUUAAUAAUACAGUUGUUUAAUAGAA